CCUGCCCAAACUUUCAGAAGUUGAGAGAAGAAGAAAAAAAAGUUAGUUCGGUUAGUGAGAGGGCUGUGAUUUUCAAUGCGCAGUACAGUCGUUACCAAUGUCUGCGUUACAGGAGCCGUAAACUUCUGGGAAAGUCACACAGACAGCGCAUUUAAAGAGUUCAAAUACUUCAGAAGAAGUUUCAACGAGAAACUUCAGUAGAUAUGCGCGUUUCCAUAUUUAUUGGGGUGUUCUCGGGAAGCAGAAAAGCACACCGUUGCCUAAUUUGUUGCGCAAGGCUUGGAUAAUUAAUACAAGUGGACGGACCGAAAACGACUUUGAGCUGUUUGGAUUUAAUUUUUAGUCAUUGUAUGGUUGCAGUCAACUUUCCUGUUUACACCAUCUCAGUCGGAUAAAAAGAAGGGGUCAGUUUCAUCUGGAGUCAUGGAUCCGAGCCAGCACAACCCUCCUGCCGGCCAUCAGAUCGUCCAUGUUCGGGGAGACUCCGAGACCGAUCUGGAGGCUCUCUUUAAUGCUGUGAUGAACCCGAAAAACGCCAUCAGCCCCCCUUCCGUGCCGAUGAGGAUGAGAAAGCUGCCAGACUCAUUCUUCAAGCCGCCAGAGCCAAAGUCCCACUCCAGACAAGCCAGCACGGAUGCAGGUACUGCUGGUACCCUCACGCCCCAGCACGUCAGGGCACACUCCUCUCCCGCCUCCCUGCAGCUGGGUGCAGUUUCUCCUGGCAACCUGAGCAGCAUGGGUCCAGCAAACGCCCCACCUCAGCACCUCCGCCAGUCUUCUUACGAAAUACCUGAUGAUGUGCCACUGCCCCCAGGCUGGGAGAUGGCCAAGACCCCUUCAGGCCAGAGAUACUUCCUAAACCAUAAUGACCAGACGACCACCUGGCAGGACCCACGUAAAGCCCUUCUUCAGAUGAACCAGGCCGCCCCGGCCAGCCCAGUGCCUGUGCAGCAGCAGAACAUCAUGAACCCUGCCUCAGGUCCUCUUCCUGAUGGUUGGGAGCAAGCUAUUACCUCAGAAGGAGAGAUCUACUAUAUCAAUCACAAGAACAAAACCACCUCUUGGCUGGACCCACGACUUGACCCGCGUUACGCUAUGAACCCGCAGCGAAUUUCCCAGAGUGCUCCAGUGAAGCAAGGCUCCCAGUUGCCCUCCAGCCCGCAGAGCGGAGUGCUGGCUGGAAACAACCAGAUCCGGCUGCAGCAGAUCCAGAUGGAGAAAGAGAGACUGAGGAUCAAACAGGAGCUCCUUCGCCAGAGACCCCAGGAGCUCGCCCUGAGAAACCAGCUGCCGACCAGCAUGGAGCAAGAUGGAGGCACUCAAAACCCUGUGUCCUCACCCGGGAUGGGACAAGACGCCCGUAACAUGACCACCAACAGCUCUGACCCGUUCUUGAACAGUGGGACAUAUCACUCCAGAGAUGAGAGCACAGACAGUGGCCUGAGCAUGAGCAGCUACAGCGUCCCCCGCACUCCAGACGACUUCCUCAACAGUGUGGACGAGAUGGAGACCGGUGAUACCCUCGUCCCCAGCUCCAUGGCAACACAGCCCAGCCGCUUCCCCGACUACCUAGACGCGAUCCCGGGCACAGAUGUGGACCUGGGCACCCUGGAGGGAGAGAGCAUGGCGGUGGAGGGAGAGGAACUGAUGCCCAGCCUGCAGGAAGCCCUGAGCUCUGACAUCCUCAACGACAUGGAGACUGUGCUGGCGGCUACCAAGAUCGACAAGGAGAACUUUCUAACCUGGCUUUAGAGCACCUGGAUCCAGCACUACACCUUCUCUUCCAACACGCUGAACUGCUUCCUAAUCCAGUCUGUGAAGGAUGUGUAGAUGCUCCGAGUUGAGAAAAGAAAAGACAUUACCUACUUGACAGUUUUUUUGUUUUGUUUCGUUUUCCUUAUCUUCUAUUCACUACGUUUGGCCGAAUGGGUUUUAAAAGCUGAGGUAUUUUAACCUUUGGACCUUUUGUGCUUCUUUUUUUUUUCAUGUCUGCAUCCUCAAGGCUGGCCCAUGAACAGACAAGUAUUCACAAGCACCCGAAUCUCUUUCCCGUCAGCGUGCAAGUAUGCGAAUGUGAAGUUGUGUGCGCGAAGUGUCGUUUCUCCCCUCAUGAAAACUCCUCUCUGGGAUUCCCAAGAGAGAGAAAUAAAGACAGACGAAUCCCUAAAUCAACCUUCUGCAACCUCCCGUGGCUGCGGAUCCCAUCUCAGAACAUCCUUGAUCUCAGCUCGCCUAUGUUUUUUUUUACGUACAGUAAUGAGCCUGAGAAACCAAAAAGUGAUGAGGAGGUUGUCUGUACGUGUUUUCUGAUAGGAUUGUGAUUGAAAGGUCUAAAUGGUAAGGCUUUGGUUAAUUAAAUACUGCUGCUUGGCUGUGCCAGCGUGCGUAAAACACUAGAAACUGUAGAAUCAAGUGCCUUCAGACAAAAAAACUGAAACAUGCUCCUGUCGUUUUCACACUAGAGAUCAUAGAUCAACUUUGACGUUUGCUUUUACUUACCUGCUUCAUUAAUCAAAGUAUAUUUCUUUCAAAGGUUUUAUAAAAAAAAAGAAAAAAUAUUAUGUUGGGAAUUAGGGUUUGAUUCUUUUUUUUUCUAUCUCUCUCUUUAAAGAACCCUAGCCUCUUUAUGUGUUAGUUUUAUUUAAACCUGAUUUUGUUUCUUUAGGGUUAUGGCAUUCAUGUGUGAUCAAAGAACAAAUCGGAACUGUUUUUGCUUUCAUGUAUACAGAACAACUAUUCUAAGAGCUGCCGUACAUUAGUAACUGAUUCACAAAGAACACUAACUAGAUGGACACUACAUCAUGAUCAAUCUGAGGGAGGGAUCGUUUGGUUUUAUUACCGAUAUCUAUUUUUAUCUUACGAUUUUAGUGUCUCAGUUGAUAUGUUGUUGCCUGAUUGCAUACUUUAUUGCAAAUCUCUUCUGAUUUUUUAUUUUCUUUCAUCCAAAAGCAAAGAACUAAAAUACCAUGGGCACUUUGAUCAAUACAUCAUCUCUUAUAUGAGCUCCAGCAGAGUCUGAUUCAGUUAGGUUGAUGUUUGGUGCCGAGGUGGAUAUGGGGAAGGAAAAGGAAGGUUCUGAUGCGUUUAGAUGGGUAGAUGAGCAUGUCUUGAGGGUUAGUGCUUUAGAUUAGCUGUUAGCUUGGAUUUGAAUCUGGUUAACUGCGGAUAUGAAUCAAUACAGUAGACUUCUAUGGAAACAAUCAGUUGUCGUUUCUGUCAGGAUUUCUUUGAGGCUUCCAAAGACUUUUAUUGUUGUUGUUGUUAGUAAUGAUUCUUUUAAUGGAUGACAAAAAAUAAUUGAUCAUAUUUUAUGUAUACGUAAGAUAUAAGCUAAUGAGAAAAUGUGUAAUUGAUUGGUGAGAAGAUCUCUGAUGAAGCAAGAUUUGACAAGUCCUCUUAAUCUGGUUCUGAUGGCAGUCCUGAAGAAACCCUAGGAAGGUUACAUAGGUUUACAUUAUUUCACUAGAGUAGAACACUACAGGGAUUUGCCCAUUACAAAUUUGCUGCUGAUGCUUUGCAUUCAGUAGUAAUUCAGUCAUAUGUAGAUUUCCACUUGUUUACAAUAUGGUUCCCUUUACACUACAUGAUUAUAGUUCAAUAACUGGCCCAUACACUACAUAGAUGUUGUACUGAAAUGUUUUGUUUUCGAAAAGUGAAGUUUUAUCAGUAUGAUAUUCUGUUGUCUUUUGGGGGUGGAUAUACCGCUAUAAGAUUUAGAACUCCAUUGCCUCGGUAAACAAAAAAUGUAAUGGUCAAAAACUAGGCCAUUGCAUUGGAAGUUAGAGGUUAUAGAGAAAAUAUAAAAGUGGUGUGGAGAACAAAAAGACAAGCUAAGAGAAAUCUCUAUUUUUGCAAACAUAGUAUUGCUGGCAGACUCUAGUGGAGUAAAACAGUGUUGGAGAGAGCAAUGCAACAAAAUGUUUUAUGAAUUGUGGGUACAGUGAUGGUAUUGCACGUUUAUAGAACAUGUGUAUGUCACUUAAACAUGAUUUUAUGCUUGCUUAGCGUGCAGCUGUUCAGAAUAUAUAGUAACUGUUUACUUUUGUUUUUGUUGUAGUUGUAGUACUAAUCACACAAGUUAAUGGAUUGGUAUUUAGAUUUCUUUUAAAUGCACCCACAAUGAAUUAUAUCCAUUUACAAUCUCUUUUUUUUUUCUUUUUUAAUCAAUGUAUGUGCAUGUACCUUAGAAACUUAAGUUCUGUUACAUUAUAUCUCUUUGCAUAUUACUUUCAAAUUGGCCUGGAAUAAAGUAUAUACUUUGGUA